AUGACGCUAGGAGCACGGCUGGGAGGGCAGCUGUCCGCCCCCAGGGUCCCACCCCAGCUGCAGCCCCACCGGCUGGACUGGGUGUCAGCAAAAAUUCGUGACACAUCAGAUGCCACCUCUGAGCCAUCGUACGAACUGUUCUGUCCCUUUCCACCCCGCCACCCCCCGCGCCUCCGGCCGCGCGCCCCCGCCGUUGGCCGCCUGCCCCGCGUGCCCCGCGUGCCCCGCCUGCCCCGCGUGCCCCUCCGCCCUCCCUGCGAGCAGUUCCUGUCCGCGCUGCGCCCAGCGCCCUGGACCCCGCGACCUGGGGCCGCGCCAACUGGGGGAACUGGCCAGGCGCGUCGCCCCCUGCGAGGUUCCCCCGGCCCCGCCUCAAACCCGCCUCGAGAACCGCGAGUUUACGGCCAGAUGACAACCAGCCUACUCCUGGACCUGCACCUGGGCCCCAGUCGGGUCGUCGUAGGAGUGGGGCUCCCUCCCAUUGGGCUCCCACGUCCAGGCCUGGAACCCUCCAGGGUCGUUCUGCAGGUCCCAGCCGGCCGUCGGGUCCCCAGCAAGGUCACCGUGGUGUCUUUCCACCUAUCUUCUCGUAGAUAUUUGCUCAUUCAUUUCUUUUUCCCUGAAUUAGAAGAAUCUGUGGGGUCUCAAGCGUGGGUCCAGCUCUUGCCCAAGCAGCCACAGCAGGGCCCAUCAGAACAGGGCAGCAGCAACAUCCAGCAGGGGGAGAAGCCCGUAGUUAGCUUGGAGUCCACACCCAAUCAGAAGAGAGCAGAGUGGCCUUCAACCCCGAAGCCUGGGAGCGCAGGCAGGUUAAUAAAGACAGCAGCGGAGGACAAACCCAGACCCAGACCCGGAGACCUCAUUGAGAUUUUUCGAAUUGGCUAUGAGCACUGGGCCAUCUAUGUGGAAGACGACUGUGUGGUCCACCUGGCUCCCCCAAGUGAGGAAUUUGAGGCUGGCAGCAUCACCUCCAUCUUCAGCAACCGGGCGGUGGUGAAAUACAGCCGUCUGGAGGACGUGCUGCACGGCUGUUCCUGGAAGGUCAACAACAAGCUGGACGGUAUGUACCUGCCGCUGCCCGUGGACCAGAUCAUCCAGAGGACGAAACAGAUGAUCAACAAGAUAGUACAGUACAGUCUGAUUGAAGGCAACUGUGAGCACUUUGUCAACGACCUCCGAUACGGCGUGCGCAGGAGCCAGCAGGUGGAGCACGUACUGAUGGAAGGAGCGAAGGCUGCAGGAGCGGUGAUUUCGGCUGUGGUGGACAGCAUGAGACCCAGACCCGCAUUGGCCUGAAGGCACCGAAAGCCCCAAGCAGAGGAAGAGCUGCUGACGUUGGCAAAGAGAACUGACUUCUUUCCUCCCCUGCCUUCCUCUCUCCUUGGCCCCAUGCAAGAAAAUUGUGUGCUUCUGGAAGAAUCUAGAAUGUACCCAAUUACCCCUCCGGAAAUACAAUCAA